AUGAGCAAAUUCACCGAUGAGGAUUGUCGUGAUCUCGUCAGAUUGGUUCGCAACGCGGAAGGAGUUAAUUUCAAGCAUCAUGUCCCGAUAUUUGUUUUCAGAAGACUAGAAUUUCAAGAGAGGUUCCCAAAUGAAACUCCAAUGUCGCUGAGUGAAAAGUAUAAAAAGUUGACGGGCAAGGAAACUACAAAAACUACACAAAUUGGGAUGCCGGACAAUUACUAUGUGCCAGAAUCCACAGGAAAAAACUGA